UUUCCUUUAAGAGUUUUUCAGAUAGCAUAGGUAAAUUAAUUAAUUAUUAUCAUCCUUUCAUACCUGGCCAUAUAUUUUUAUAUUAUGUACUUAAUUUUUAGAUGAGUACACAAAAUCAGACAUUCAUAGUUAUAGAUCAUUCCAGACCAUUGCCAUAUGGAUAUCAUAUAGAUGAUAAUAUAAACAAAAAGUUAGUUAUAUCUUAAAGUUCAGAGUUAGGAGAAACUAGUGUUGAUGUAACAAAUAAGCAUUUAAAUAUAGGAGAGAAAACCUAAAUAAGUGCUUCUAAAAGAAUAUGAUGUAAAAAGCAUAAGAUAUGCAAAUGAAGACUACUCAUAUUUAGCAAAUUUGUUACUGAGUAGAUUUUCAUAACAAGAAGCAGCUAUACCUAUAGCUACUCAAUAUCCAUUAUUUAAAAUUUUAAGAGGAGUGACUAAAAAAUUUAUGUUUAACGAAUUAGAAAUCAUAUUCUUUUUACAUAUUAUUUAAGAACAGAAAUGGAGAUAUGAUGAUUAAAUUAUAUAAGAUUUCUAACCUUACUUUAAAUAAGAUUUUCUUAGCAGUUAAGAGGUAUUAAUUUUUCAUACAAUAUUUAUUAGAAUUAAAAUAUUGAAGGAUUCAAACAAUUAUUAUUGUUUUUAAUCUGUUGUGGAUAUACAAUCAAAUGUUUUUUUAAUGAUCCUUGUGAUUUAGAAAUUAUUUAGAUAACUGAUCAUAUCUAACAAUAUUGUUAAAAAGAGUAAAAAAAUUUAAAUUAUAAUAGUUUUAAAAAGAUACUUCUAGAUUAAUGGAGAUAAAAAAAUAUGAACAGUUAACUCAAAAUUGUACCUAGAAAUAUAAAUAAAUUGUAUAAUAAAUUAAUGAGAAUGCCAAAAGAUGGAAAAUAAGAGUUUUAAUAAGAUUAUAAUGCAUUAGUAGAUUAAAUCAUAUAAAUAUCUCCUGCCUAUCAUAAUUAAGAGGAAAAAUUGGUAAAGUAGGAAGUUUAAGAAGUUUAACUUAAAUAACAACCAAUUCAACAAUAACCUAAUAAUUUUUAUUAAUAAAUAUAAUAACCUUAUUAAGAAUCUACUUUUAUAAAAAAUUCAAGUAAUAUAUUUUUUUAAUCCUCUUCACCAUAAAUUCCUUAGUAUUAAAAUUAACAAUUUUUGAAUAAAUAAGACAAUGAUCCUCCACCGACAUUAAUGAGAUAAUCUUCUAAUUUUAUGAAUGAUAAAUUAUAUUAAUAACAAUGA